CACUGCCUCCACCUUCCUGCCCCAGUGUGGAUCACAUUUUGCUCUAAUUUUAAAAGGCAGAUUGACUACAGCGCUCAGUAGACACCUCUGCUCCCAGUCUGCAAACCGUCUCCUCAUCUGAUACUCAAGCUGCAUCGACACUAAAAGACGACUCAAAGAGGAGAUUUCAGCCAACAUGAGUGAACGCUACGACUGUACAGAGUGUAAGGAGUCCUUGUUUGGGAAAAAGUACAUCCUGAAGGAGGAAAACCCACACUGCAUUAAGUGCUAUGAAGCACUUUUCUCCAACACCUGUGAAGUGUGCCAAUUGCUCAUUAGCUGCACCAGCAAGGAUCUCUCAUACAAGGAGCGUCACUGGCACAGCGAAUGCUUCCUCUGCACUAAGUGCAGCCGAUCUCUGGUGGAUCGUCCUUUUGCCACCAAGGAUGAAACGCUGAUGUGCGUUGAUUGCUACAGCAACGAGUACUCUGCCAAAUGCCAUGCAUGCCUGAAGACCAUCAUGCCAGGCUCUAAAAAGAUGGAGCAUAAGGGCAACAGUUGGCACGAGAAUUGUUUCACCUGCAACCGUUGCCAGCAGCCCAUCGGCACCAGGAGCUUCGUGCAGAAGGACACCAACAACUACUGCAUGCCCUGCUAUGAGAAGCAGUUUGCCCAGCAGUGCAACCACUGCAAGAUGCCCAUCACCACCGGAGGAGUGAACUACCGUGACCAGCCCUGGCAUAAGGAGUGCUUCGUUUGCAUCGGGUGCAAGGAGCAGCUGGCCAACCAGCGGUUCACCUCCCGGGAUGACUUUGCUUACUGCCUCAACUGUUUCUGCAACCUGUUUGCCAAGAAAUGUGCUUACUGCACCACCCCGAUCAGCGGUCUCGGGGGCAGCAAGUACAUCUCAUUUGAGCAGCGCCAAUGGCACAACGACUGCUUCAACUGCAAAAAGUGCUGCACGUCUCUGGUCGGACGGGGUUUCCUGACAUGCAAAGAAGACAUCCUCUGCCCCGACUGUGGCAAAGAUUUCUGAGUGAUCUCUCCAAGCUAGAAAAGCACUGGCAGUAUUCUCCUAACCUGACCUAUGUUGCAUUAUUGGUAUCAUUUAUCGGUUUCUCACACAUUAACCUGCUGGAGUGUUCUCUGCAUGUGCUGAUGAUACUGUGUUUAAUAUGAGAGUUUGGUACAAAAUGUAGUUGCAUCUCAGAAAUAUAAAUCAGUUAGUAUUCAUGCUUUCAUGUCAAAAAUCCUAAAAAAUUGCUCAUUUUGGAACGAAACUCUGCAAAACAACCACACAUGAUCGAUAUUUUACAACAUAUAAAGAGCACGUUAAGAUGUUUUAAUACUUUAAUGAAUGGCAUUCUGCUGGUAAUUAUUCUUAACAGAGUUAAUAUAAUACUACUAACCAUGUUUAUUCAGAUUCCAAAAAUUCUGUUUAAUAAAAUCUAU